AUGACUGUUGUUCCUAUUCUAUUCACGGCAUCGUACGACUCCAAAGUUCGUCUCUGGUACGACCUGGAGCAGCACCAGAUAUCCAUGACUUGCAAGGAUCUACCAGGCCACGCGCCGAGCAUGGACAUUUUUGUCGGUCACGAUGGAGCGGGAAUUCCUUGGUCAUUCAUCGUUACGGCAGGUGCACGAGGAAUGAUUUCGGCGUACACCCUUGGCACCCAGUCCUUGCACAUCGAUCUGUCCCUCCAACGCUCUUCGAACAAAUCGAAUCAGAAUGUCACCUGUGUUCGCUUCUCGAACGAAGCUGACAACCACAAACAUCUCUUCGCAACGAGCUACGAUGCUAAGGUCUUCCUCGUAAUGACCAGCUUGAUAAAGCAAAAGUUCUCAGCCGAUCAGCAACAAGAGUUCAUGCACAACACUGGCCGCGAGAUCGCUGCUGUUGAGACUUGCGAACUCACGCCACGGCACACCCGAAGCGACAAGAAUAUGGGCUCGCUCGAUUACGCUGCCACCAGCUGCUCAGUCUACAGGAACGGAAUUGAAUGCUUUGUGUCCGAUACACACGGUCAAAUUUGGUUUUGGUCUCCCAAAGCUGACAAAGAAUCCUGGUUGACACUGCUUUAUCGAAAUGAAAGAACGAGGCCGAUACAAAGCAUCGCCUGCGACCCGUGUGGAGAGUUUCUUGUGGCGACUGACUGGGACGGCCUGAUUUACUUCUUCAGCAUUAAAAUCGUCAAUGAAAGUACUGAUAAUGAUGUAGUCACGUCUACUGUGGAAUUAAUCGAGCUUACUGAGCCUGGAUGGCCGUACAAAGCGCCGACAACUGUUGAGAAGGUCUAUGGAUUGCGAGUGUGCUGGUGUCACGAUGCGCAGAGAUUCGCCGUUUCCCAAAGUUCAGGAAUAAUCUCACUCUUUGAAAUGGAAUCAGCACAUGUUCCAAGGCUCCUUGACAAUUUGGUCGCAGGAGACGAAACGAAAUGGGUUUGGGAUCUGAGUUUUGAUUCCACUGGCAAUUUUCUCGUCUCUGGGAACUCUGGUGGAAUUGUUAAAUUAUGGAAGCAGAACGAUAGUCCUACGGCUGAAGGCCCAAGGUGGAAGUGUUUAAAACAUCGCGAAAUCAAACUGCAGGACUUCAUGGACGGAAGAAAUACAGGCGUCGCUCAUCCGAGCCCCACAAUUAGUAGUCUAAUUUAUCGCGAACUACCAAUUUGUAUUUAUGAAGAAAUGAAACAAAAUGACAAAGUGCGCCAGCAAAAACACAACGAAAAGUUCGGCGGCUUCAAUCAGCCUAGAUAG